AUGCCUUAUAGCGUGCAGAUUAUAGAGCUGAUUGUGGUAGUCCUUCAGCCUCCUAUCCUAGCUUUCGCAUUUGAUGCCCCGAUUCCAGCAUACUCGCACCGGACCAGGAAAGUUCGUGAGCGACUGAGAGACUUUAGCGGCCUUCGUCGCGCCAGUCAUCGAGCUGGUCGCUUCAGGUGCAUCACACAUGUUCGUCCUUGCACCCGCAGCCCUUCUAAGCGGAUCCCUCGGUCUGACACCCUUUGUGUUCAAGGCCGUCUAGUCGACCGCAUCGAGCGCAAAUGACGAGAUGGUGUACCGCAGCGGUCCGUUCUUUACUUCUCCUUGCGUUCGCCCACGAUAGCUGGGCCCGACCUGAGGGUGAUGGGGCGGUCACACCAAUGGGCAUUCCUCAAAGUCAAGGUCAUGCGCUGAGCGCGGCCAAGGACAAGAUCAUCUUCCUCGCUCGUGCCUGGGCCGAGCAUGUUCCAGACAAGAAGGACGUGGCCCACACGCUCAUUCCCAUGGUCCUGCCAUGGCUGUGCCUGCAAGUCGUCCUGCGAACCUGGCUGCAUCACCGCAAUGGAAACCAAGCAAGCUAUGCGUACGACUACGGUACCGCCGGUGGUGCACUGUCGACGUUCUCGGUACUUGUCCGCAAGUAUCAUCUGCAUGGUGUCAAGGCUGCAUUGCGCGCGCUGCCGUCGUGGAUGCACGGAGGCGCCCCAGUGGGGUCAAGGUGGUCGCAUUUAGCGUAUGAACUUGCACAGCCCACCGGUUGUGAAGACUCGCCGACAGGCCAUUCGCCUGCUGUUACCCCACCUCCUCCCCCGAAAUUUGACGAGGAAAGUAGUGCAGGUGGUGCAGAUAGCGACGAUGAAGAGGACGAAGGACAGGACGACUCGUCCCCCGAGGCGGUCACAGCGGUGCAACUAUCAUGGUGGAGCUUGCGGCUCGAAACGACGCACUUCAACCUCAGCUUGGCUCGUUUUGUCGAUUACUGCGCGAAUGAAAGCCGCUCAGGCACAACCGGAGCAUCUCGACUUGCUCUCAUGAGAGCAUACACGGGUCAAACGAUUGUUGCGUCACUCGUUUAUUCCCUCUUGGUCCUGCUCAUUCUGCACAUAUGGGCUGGAACGCUGUUCUGGCGCUUCGUGAUGCUCAGUGCACAGGAUGGGAAUUCACAGACGAAUGCCAUAUUGUCGAAUUCCAUCUUUGCACGUCGCAACAGUAACGAUGGCGAUGUGGAUGCCCCAUACAACGGGACAGAACUCCAACCAGAACCUCCUCAUCUGUCUUUACUCAUACCCGGCAUAUCGCUCCCGGUGUCCCACUUGCCCCUGUUGAUUGGUUCGCUCAUUUUCGCUCAGUUCAUCCAUGAAAUCCUAGGUCAUACGCUUACGGCGGCAGUCGCAUCCCAGCGCAUUCUUGGUGCUGCCACAGCGUACUUGCCGAGAAGAGCCGGCAUCUGGAUGCCCAUCCCGGGCUUCGUUGCUGGCGCCUAUGUCGUCUUUCCCCGUGCGAUCAAGAAGAUGGACAUCGCACGUGCGGUGGACCAGCUCCGCAGGUCCGGGGGACAAAGCGCGAACGGCAAUACCACAGCUGCUUGUACCACUUCCGCAGAGCAUAUCGAGAUGCAGAGUGAACCGCCGGGGACUGAUCAGGACGCGCCUCGGCUAGACGUCAUCAUGAAAGCUGUGCAGCUGCAAAGCGUGCACGCCAUCACGGUCGCUGCGGGCAUUGGUGCAAAUGUGCUAUGGCUGCUUGCGUUUUUCUUUACUGUCGGACUGAUGCCCGAUUCCAGCUUUUCGCCAGAUGCAGGUGCGCAGCUUGGCCUCGUUGCGCAUCGUUCAUUUCUUCGAGCCAAUACGUAUCCCUGGAACCUAGCGGGGAUCGCACGUGCUGCAGGAUGGAGCGAUGACCCUCUAUCAGCUGCAAGCGCCGAGGGCCUGCAAGGGGGCCUGCGCAUCAGCAACAUUGCUAGCACAUCACCUCUGCUGGCGCCAGCGAUGGGUGACGCAGUUCGCAUCAACGAUAUCAUUCUUGCUCUCGACGACGUCGCAUUUUACAAGACACCGUCAAAUUUCACGUGGGGAGAGUCUGUCUGGAAUGGCAUUAAUGGCACUGAUGCUGAUCAGCGUCUACGCCAAUGGGAGAUGGGGAUCGCUACACCAGCUGCCGAUGGCCAGAUCAAAGGAUGGUGCUACGACAAAGCACAGUGGAAGAGGCUACCGACGGACGGUUGCGACAUCGCACAAGGCGACUCCGACGCGGCGCGGUCGGGAAUAUGCUUCCAGCUGAGCGGAAACAACGCUGGCAAAGAAUUGCAUCGCGUCGACAUCACAAGCUUACUCGAGGGACGCGUUGGCGGGUACAACGCUUCGCGAUGCGAACGUGCGAUUGAAUGCCCUGUGACCCCCUCGAGCGACGCUCUGUGCAUCCGCCCAAAUCCCAGGGAGCAAUUGAUACGGCUGACGCUGCUCGACAGAUCUGUCGAAGCCUUGACAAGGGCCAGCGGCGGUGCAGGUUUUCCAUCGACGACGCUUCUAUUUCAAGCUCCGCGAGCGGAGCUGCUGACGCGGUUGACCGUCUCGCCGUACACACCGCGAGCGCUGCUGCGCGCACUGCUGCCGACGUUUCUGACGGACAGCUUUCUGGCACUCGCAGAGCUUGCACUAGAGUACUUUGUCCUGGUCAGUCUGAGCUUGAUCGUGAUCAAUUCGCUUCCACUCCCGGGCUUGGACGGUAACGAGCUGCUCGAGCUGUUCGCCACCUUCCUGCUCUUAUUCAGCGCCCGCUUCUCGGCACAUCGGGAACGAGACGAUGGAUGGCAAGGAGAAGACGUGGAGGGUGGAGUGUCGCCGUCUGCUUCGACGAGUUCAGCUCAGAUGCACACGCGCCGCAUCCAAUGCAUCCGGCGGGUACUUCAGAUCUUCCUGCUCGCGGAGCUUUCUGUCAUCGUCAUAGAUGGCUUGUCGCACUGGCUGAAUGUACGACAUGUAGCAUAGAUCCAAAAAAACAUUGACUCUC